AUGCGCGCCCGCCGGAGCAAGAGAUACCGCAAAAUCAUGUCCGCCUACCAGCGGAGUUUCUCGUUCCACGAACCCUACCAAGUCCUCCUUGACUCCCAUUUCCUCAAGACCUGCUACUCCUUCCACAUGCCGCUACAGAAGUACCUCGAGAACACGCUACAUGGCCAAUGCCGACUUUUUGUCACGAGGUGUUCUCUCGCCAAAAUCCAGGCCGACUGGGACAAAGUGAAAAGCAAAGACGGCAAGACGAGAGGACCUCCGCGGCCUGAUUUCCUCCCUCCCCCCACAGAAGUCCCCAUGCGGCAUUGCAAGCACACGGACGACGAAGGCCAAGAACUAGGCGUCGUGAGCGAGGCCCGAUGUCUUCUCGAUCUACUGGCGGGACAACCCCACGGCAACCAACAUGCCAAAAACAAACAACAUUACAUCCUCGCCACGGCGGAUGCGGACGAGAAAGAGGCGCGAGCCAAGGGAUUCAUCGACGUGAAGGACCGGGCGAGAUUGAUUCCGGGAGUGCCGAUCGUGUACGUGAAACGGAGCGUGAUGAUCCUGGAGGAAAUGAGUGGUGUCAGCGAGCGCACUGUGCGAACACAGGAGAAGGAGAAGUUCGGGCAGGGAUUGAUCGGUCUGGCGUCUCGAAAGAGGAAGAGAGGAGAAGGAGAAGAGGGCAGUGAGGACGAGGACGACGAUCUGCUUGCGGAGGAGAAACAAGGCCCCAGGACCAGAGGGUUGAAGAGAGCGAAAGGGCCGAACCCGUUGAGCGUCAAGAAAAAGAAGGUCAAGGCCCCAGCAUCGAACGGAGUGGGCCAUGAUGAAGCCGCCGUAGAGGGAGAGGUUCCACGGAAGAAAUCGAAAAGAAGGGGCACAAGAGGGCAGCGAGGUGGAAAAAACAAAGCGACGGCAGACAGUCAGGUUGGAGAAGGAGAAGCCAGCCAGGCCGGUGCAACUGCUUCUGCUGGCACCUUAACAGCCGCGGAGGCUUAG